GUGACGGAAACUCGUAGACAGUUUAGAGUCAGACGUGGUCGGUGACUCGUUACGAAUAGAAGUUUUCAUAAUGGUUUAUCGUCAACAAUAAACAUUUCAUGAGGUCACGAACAAAGGCCUAGUUUUAACAAACGUUGGUGUACAUGAGAGUUGGUUACAGUCUGUCUCUACCCUGGCAUCACUUCCACUACACUAUGAUUUCAUACUGGGAUUAAAUUCGUAAUGGUCGAAUCGGUUAGUCGCAAGUGGCGCUGGUUUCGUUUAAUGAUUCCAGUUGCCUGCAACAUUCAAUUAAUCCUCAUCAAAGGAAUUGUGUACAACUACAGCAUCUUGUUUGUGAAUUUCAGAGAUGAGUUUGGAAGCAGUGAAGCCUUAACAGGGUGGCCGGGGUCCAUAGCUAAUGCAUCAGCGGGCUUGCUGAGUCCUGUGGCCAGCUUACUCCUCCGAGUUGUAAGUCAUCGUACUCUGAUCUUAAUUGGUCAUGUAGUAUUUCUAUCAGGGUUGAUGCUGACAUCAUUAGCUCGUAACUUCUGGUACGUCCUCUUGACUUUUGGUAUCCUUGGUGGUGUUGCAAACGACUUCGUCCUCGUUGCUACCAAUGGGAUUGUUCUUAAGUGGUUCGCUGCUGGGACUUCGUUUCUCCGUGCGAGCGCUGUCAUGUUCCUCGGAACCUCAUUAGGUAUCUUAAUUUUCAGUCCUCUGCUAACUGCAUGCAUAACCCAGUACGGAUGGAGGAAUGCUUUAAGAAUCGUCUCAAGCGGGAUCUUCGUAAUGGGUGUAGCCAUCGGCUUGAUUCUCAGGGAUCCGUCAACAACCGUCAACGACCGUCAAGAUGUUGCAGAUAUUGAAGACGGUAGCAAGGAGGCAAGUCCCUUGAAUGAAGAGGAGACAAACGUAUAUGGAUGUGAAGAUGUUCAACCAAGCAUAGAUGGAAAUCCAGAGAUUCAGAGCUUGUUUGAAGAACCCAAAAUGCAAGAUGAAGACUUGACUCGACUGCAAGAAGAGAAGAAGUGUUGCUUCUCGUCAUACCACUGUGAGGUGCUGGAGAUGAUGACGAGGUUCGAGCCCACAGCAUGGGGCAUAGGAAUAACUCUUUCUCAAAUCGGAUGGACGUUUUUCAUCAUUAAUUUUGCCAGUUUGAUGGAUCGGCACGGUCUUAACAACCAGCAGAUUUCUCUUGCACUUGUGUUCUUCGCUUUUGGAGAUUUGAUCGGCAAGCUUCUCAUUGCUAUAUUCGGUGGCAGUCUUCCAUUCCAAAGAGUAUACUAUCUCUCUGCGUCUAUGUUUCUAGCUACAGCUGAGUUUGGAGUGAUGUCCAUCGCAAACACGAUAGAACAUUUCUUAGCUUUGUCGAUAGUUGGUGGGCUGAUACGCUCUGUCUUGUACGGUGCAGCAAUGGGCAUCUCGGCAGACAUAUUUGCCGAUACGUACAGCAACAAUGGUGUGACGAUUCUAGCCCUAUUUCCAAUCGGCAUUGGAAUACUUAUCGGCGGCCCUCUUGCGGGAGGAUUGUAUGAUGUCACUGGCAACUACAUCGUCAGUCUUCUUGUGAUCGCCGCCUUGUUUGUUUGCUCUGCAUUGCUAGUUCUGUCCAUACCAAUACGAAGGCGACUACAAUCAGGUAGUCUAUGCUGCGCACGAACCACAGCAACACACGUGCAAGUUUGAGAUAGUGAUCGUCAAUAAUUAUGGCUAUAUUAUUAUAAUCAGUUGACCAAUUAAAUUUAAUAAUUAUAGGGUUUCAUGUUUCAAUGUAAAAUUUUCAACUAAUAAUGGUCAAGAUAACCACCAAUUUAAAAACUCACUCCGCGGUAGCGCAGUUAACAACGAUCCUAUAACCUAAAGUAUAUUCCCAGUCAAUUUGCUAUUAUACCUUCGGCCCAGGUAUAAGUCUAAAAAAAAAAAGCAGGACAGUUCUUUUCAGAACUGAGAAGUCCCCGACAAUCCGAUAAAAACAGUAAUAGAAACACAGUUAUCUCAAAAAUAAACUCUACCUGGCAAGUAGACAAACACAUGGUGUUACCGCAAACCACAAUUUAACAGUUCUUGAUACCUCACCAUGCAUUGCCUCAAAUUAAUGGUUUACUGAGUAGAUUCUAAGAGCUUUCCCGUGAUGUCAUCAUACUGUAGAUGAAUGGUUACAGAGUCUUGCUGGGUGUGUCAUCUCUUGGGUGCCUUUUGGUCUUAUCUUUAUAGGCAGUAAUGGACACUAUUGGUAAUUACUCACAAUAUUGAUUACUCAAAUCGGUAAUGGGGAGAGGUUGAUAGUAUACAAAUAUUGACUACUUCGAGUGCUAUGGUUAAAACGAGUCGUGUUUUAUAACCAUAAGCACGAGUUAAAGCAGUCAAUGUUUUAUAACACCCCAACAGACUUUAUCAUCUUC